CGGCCACCGGCUCGGGCAGCGGCGCAGAGCGGAUCAGCGCGCGCGGUGAGCACGACAUUCCACGGGACCCGCCGAGCCGCGUCGGCUUCGUCGCUGGGCUCCCGCACCUCGACCUUCCUCGGCCUCCGCCCCUUCGGCUCGUCCCCCCGCGGCCUCCCGCGGGACGGCGUGACCCCGCCCGGGCUCUCGGUGCUCCCGGGGCCGCGCGCCAUGGGCAGCCCCCGCUCCGCGCUGAGCUGCCUGCUGUUGCACUUGCUGGUUCUCUGCCUCCAAGCCCAGGUAAGGAGCGCUGCGCAGAGGCGGGGGCCGGGCGCGGGGGACCCAGCUGACACUGUCGGGCAGGGACACGAGGACCGACCCUUCGGCCAGCGCAGCAGGGCUGGAAAGAACCUUACAAAUCCAGCCCCAAACUACCCUGAGGAGGGAUCUAAGGAACAGAGAGACAGUGUCCUGCCUAAAGUCACACAGCGACAUGUGAGGGAGCAGAGCCUGGUGACGGAUCAGCUCAGCCGCCGCCUCAUCCGGACCUACCAGCUCUACAGCCGCACCAGCGGGAAGCACGUGCAGGUCCUGGCCAACAAGCGCAUCAACGCCAUGGCAGAAGACGGAGACCCCUUCGCAAAGCUCAUUGUGGAGACGGAUACUUUUGGGAGCAGAGUUCGAGUCCGGGGAGCAGAGACAGGUCUCUACAUCUGCAUGAACAAGAAGGGGAAGCUAAUUGCCAAGAGCAACGGCAAAGGCAAGGACUGCGUGUUCACGGAGAUCGUGCUGGAGAAUAACUACACGGCGCUGCAGAACGCCAAGUACGAGGGCUGGUACAUGGCCUUCACCCGCAAGGGCCGGCCCCGCAAGGGCUCCAAGACGCGCCAGCACCAGCGCGAGGUGCACUUCAUGAAGCGGCUGCCGCGGGGCCACCACACCACCGAGCAGAGCCUGCGCUUCGAGUUCCUCAACUACCCGCCCUUCACGCGCAGCCUGCGGGGCAGCCAGAGGACUUGGGCCCCGGAGCCCCGAUAGGCGUCCUCCCGGCCCCUCCCCGCCCGCCCGCCAGCCCAGCCCGCAGCGGACUCCAGCGAGAGAUCGGCCGGCCGCGCGGCCAAGGGGAGGAGCUGGGGAGCUGCCUUCUAGUUGUGGAUACUGUUUGCUGUUGGGUUUUUUGUUUUUGUUUUUUAACAAAAGAGAGGCUCUAUUUUUGUAUUCCA